AUGAACCGAAGCUCGCGAAACAGUGAUUACUCUGAGAGAGGGAACAUAAGAUCGAAUUUAAACCUAAACGACACAGACGGGUACUUCCAGUGUAGCAUAUGCUUCAAUGUUGGUUUCAUUUGUUUUUUCUUCCCGAAACUAGUUUUUCAGCCUUACGAUGACAAGGAUAGAUUGGCGCGAGUUAUGUCUUGUGGGCACACUUUUUGCAAAUGGUGCUUGGAAAGAAUCGCUAUCCACGGCGAGGUGCAUCCCCACUGUCCCACGUGUCGCAAGAAGACGUACGCUUCGAUUUCCAACAUUCCUGUCAACUUCCAGCUCAUGGGUAUACCAGAAUUUCGUUUCCUGAUCGUUUAGCUUCUUUUUUUUUCAGAAGUACUCGAAAGGCUGGGUCUAGUCGACUCACAGGACUCCAAUUCGAAUUCGCCACCUGCAAGUGCAGAACUUGCAGCUCCACUUCCAGGUGCCGUCGUUAGACCUUCAGAUGAUGAAAAUAAUCUCGUCAUACCUCCAGAAAUUUAUGGUACGUUACUAUUUUUUUUGAAAAAAUUAGGAAGUAUAGACUAAAGAUUCGAAGAUCGAAAAAAAGCGCAGCUAAAAAAGAAGGAGUUUUAGAGCAAUUCAACGCUGCCAUCGACAUAUUUCGCUCUCGUCUGAACCGUCACACUCAAAAAACGGAAAGCAGCCGCUGGGACGUCGUUACGGGCCACGAGUACAGACGCAAAAGUGAGGAAAUUGUCUUCAAGUCGCAGAAACUUUGCUUCGGAUAUAUUUGCGUCUUACAAUGAUCCUUCUAUAACUAAACAGUGAAUCAUCUUUUUCUUUUGCAAUGCGAAAUAAAUGGUUACUUUAAGGGGGAAUGAGAAAUAAAUUGAUUAAAAAAAGUUGGUGCCAGACUGAACUUUAUCAAAAACAUCCACGAAGGAAAAUUUUCCGAGCUCUUAUCUAUUUCUCUAAAUUUUUGAAUGGACUUCAAAACUGAUCAGGAAAAGUUUUUUUCUCAAUCGCAUUCCGACGUUUCUAAACUUUGACUUGAGAAUUGAGGCUUUGUGGAUUGGUAGGCCUAGGACUUCACCACGCUGCCAGUUGCUAAGCGAAGGCCGCAAGCGCGGGGAUAUACGCUUCGGAAAACUUUCCAAGCGCUUUUCUUCGGUUUUUUGAAGGGUUUAGCAAAGUUUUAUUCUUGUUUCCGAGUAUUCUUGUCCAGGACAAUCAAGCCCACAGAGUCUCUAUUCUCAACUCGAUGUAGAGGGGCGACCACAAAUAUUUUUUGAAGAAAAACCAUGUGUAUCCUAAAAAUCAUGGCAGAAUCUGGUCCUUCUUUAAUUUCUAUUUCUCAAUUCCAGUUCGGAAUCUGGAGACCUGUGCAACCUACCUGGAUAUGAUGCAAGACAGCUUCCGCCACUUCGUUGACUCCUUCGAAAGGCUUUCCACUGACCAAGUUUGGAGAUUAAACCUUUCGCCAACUCGAAAUUCCUUCAAGGAACACCCAAGACGCAGCGAAACGAGCUCCCACGACGAACGCUUCGAUUUCAAUGCUGAUGAAGACGAUUUCAGCGAAGAAGAUUAUGACUCUGAUCACGACUUGUAAGUAUAUUUUUUUUAUUUUAUAACUGAUAGAGACGAGCGAUUCAUAAGUACAGAAGUAGAAUGGAGUCUUAUGAUGCCUUGUUUAAAGUAAUUACGGCGAUUUCAAAAAAAAAAAAAAAUUAUCAUUAGUUUGAAAUGGUUAACGCGAAAUUAGCAUUUCGGAAGGCUUUAGAAAUGUUGGGUCCGACACUAUUCCAUUCGCAACAUUCAAAAAUUUUGCAAUUUUUUUGAUCAAUACUUUGUAUUCGCGCCCAAAAAGUCGUUAUCUUGUUGUAGGACUCAGUUUUUUUUCUAACGGCUCUCAAAAUGCCAAUUUUUUUCAUAAAUAUUUGAGACGAAUGAAAAAAAUCAAUUUCUUAAUAGUUAAACUUGCUCUAAACACGGCAUCAAAAAAAGACAGUACUUGAGAAAUUUCGCAGAUUUAAAUUAGCUUUAAGUUUUAAUGUCAUCUCAAAAACGUUACUCUUUUUCUUUUUGGAAUAUAAGUGAGUUAAUGGGGGCGAUCGAAAAAGGUUACGAGCUUUAUCCGCUCUGUAAGAAGGGUCCAACUGGAGGAUCUUGAACAAACGGUUUCUCUGACGGAGAUGCUCAGUUUGUACGAGGAAGACGAGCGUCAGGAACUUUUUCGUGGACUGAGCGGACUUCCGUCACUCAUCCACAGGGGAGACCCCAUCGGUAACAAUGCUGUCGACAACAACACGCGAAGGUCGCCUCUUUGCCUGCAUCUUCGUCAUUUUUUUUCUUUUUCAGCCGAAAUAGUUCGUCCAAUGAACACGUGUCGAAUGGCGACGACUCGGCUUUCUUCUUCACGGUCAGUCAUUUUAAUCAGAACUUAACGCGUCUACGACAGGGCUCUUGUGAAGAUUUUUUUUUCUAUUUCCAUUUUUAACUUAAUCGAAAUGAAUUAUAACGACAGAAACCGACUAAACGCAUCAACCACCCUUUCUAACUUGUUAAAAAAAACUACAUUCAAAAGCAAAAAAGCUAUUUGGAAAAAAAAAAACGGCGCUCAUGUCCUAGCACCAGUUGAAUGCUCAAUUUAGGGAAAACCUCUGAAAUUCGUGAUAACUGCAGGCUGCCUUUGAUCUACUAAUAAUAUUGAAUUUUUUUCGUUUUUUUGAAUUAACUUCAUUCAAUACUAAUUGUUGCGAAUUCAUCAGCCAAAGCCGAAUUUUUUUCUAAACGUAAAUUUUUUUCAUAGUUGUGUAACACAAAAAAUUUAUAGACUUUUUUCAUUUUAACAUGAAAAAACCAUAUAAGUUUUUUUUUGAAGACAUACGAUGAUGGUUCACGAAUUCGUAUGAAGUGUCGCAUUUGCGAAUGUUUUGUGCCGUUGGGAGGCGAAAAUCUUCACGAACUCGGCCGUCGGCACACCAACAAUCUUCGGAGGUACAUGAUUCUCUAUCUCAGAAUACAUUCCACAAAGUAGAAUAACCAUCAGAAUUGAAAAAUCAAACCAAAAUUUUAGAGUCCUAAUUUAUUCAGAUUUUCCCGAAAUCAUGAAAUUGUUCAAUAAAAAAACUACCUCGAAAAAAUUUAACGAAUGUAAUUUUUUUGGUGUAACUCACUUUAAAAAAAUAUCAAAAAAAUAGUUUUUCAUUUUUUUAGGCAAAAACUUCCACCGUACAAGUGACAACAACGAUCAAAUUCCUAGCUUUUACUUUUUUUUAAAUUGACGUAGAUUUUAUUUUUUUCUCUGGUUAUUGUCAAUAGUUUUUUUCAGCUUCAAGUAUAUAUUCAUGGUGUUUUACCCCUUGAAUAUUUUUGGAAAAUAUCCAGUCUUGACUAGUAGAAAAUUCGAAAACUGCUAUGUAUAUUUUGAAAUUCGAGUAGUUUCAAAGCUAUUCCAAGUAAUCUAGCCUUUUUGAAACAUUUGAACUUGUCCAAAAAUCGGUUUCUAAUUUAUCGGGAUCAAUAUUUUGAAAACAACUAUCUAUUCAGGAACGCUCAAUCGUGGAACAACGCAGACUCUGUGGAUACAGAUAAUAACAGGUAGCUUCAGAAUUUUUCGAAACUUGAAGAAGAAGAAAAGGAAAUUUUGAUUUUUCACUAACUAAAGAUAAUUUUUAGAAGAAAUCGUAUGAUAACAGAAUUUUUGGAGAAAGUGCUACUUUUCAAUACAAGCUAGUAAAAAUCAAGAUUUUUUCUCUUUUCAAAGGAAAAAUGGAGAAACCGAGCCUCGGUAACGAAAGCUGGAAGUUUCUGAAUUUCUAGUAAUCUUUUGGAAGUGCUGAAGCCGCUAAAAAGUUCAAUAGAAACGCUCAAAAACGCCGGAGAUACAUCCGCUAUGCGUUACCGAGGACCGAUAAAUUAAAUUUUUGUGCAUUUUGGCUCACUCAUCGAGCCUAAAGAAUUGAAAAGGAGUGCAAGAUAUUAUUUUUAUCAAAAACUUGUGUAAAUUAUUUGAGGUCGAACGGAGAGCAGAGAGACGUGACUUAUUCUCCGGAUUCGGGCAGACCUCUCGAUGCCCAGGAAACGGCGAGAAGCGCCCGUCGUCAACGUCGUCAGAGAGCGGCUCUUCGUCGACGCUUGCAACGUCCUCUUUUCGAUAAUAUUUACAUUCCCGAACCUGCUCGCGGUUAUGGAUGGUGA